UCUUGUCCUCCACUCCAUCCACCAUGUCCGUCGCCCUCUAUGGCUAUCCGUCGCGUCCACCGCCCAUGAAGCGCCGUCGCACGGCCACCACCGUUCUCGCAGGCAAUUUCGACCCGCGUCCACCUCGCGACGUCCUUACAAGCCUCCUCAACGGCGUCGGUCCCUACAAGCCCGUCGAAGGCGAUGAGGAAGAUAGGAGGGUCAGACGGUUGGAGCGGAAGAAGAGAGAGAAGGAAAAGAAACGGCUCAAGAAACAGCACGCGCGCGCAGAGCAGGCAGACGGCACGCGUCGCCAGGUCAGCAUCGGCGCGGGCGCAGUCUCCGCAGGGCCAUCCACGGCAACCACGGUGCAUGGAAUUGGAGCGCCAACAGUCAACAGCAGCACGUCGUCCUUCUGGCGUAUACGCGGACCCGCUGUUGCCCCUACACGCUCCGUUUCACCCACACCGCCACCAGAACUCUCCUCACCACCAACACCCGGCCCGUCAAUUUCGUCAACCAUGUCCUUCGGCUCCUCCAAGCGCCCACGCACUCCUGAAGAUGGCCGUUCACUUCUCGACCAUGCGUUUGAGUCGUCAUCGCCUCCUCCGCAGCCCAAGCCGCGCAAGAAGCGCAUUGCCUCUAGGAAAGGUUGGAAGGGUUGGGUUGAAGGUUCCCCGCCGCCUUCGAACAAGUUAAUCAACCUUGACGAGGCCCCUGUGAUGGUAGAAAGGCGGCUGCGCAGCGGCAAGAACUUCGAUGCCAUUUCUGAAGGCAAAGAUACCUGGGUCACUCCAAGUCCAUACUCGUCUUAACCGCCGAGGAAUCAAAGUCAUAACUCUCGCCUCCAUCUUUCUACGAUUUAUCUCGAAAACGCUAAGGACCUUAUCAAUUGUCUUGCUGUCGUCUAAUCAGCGGUUGUUUCCCGUAUCCGUGUGCGAUUCCUGCUUCCUCUUUUCUUUGUUCAACAACCGCUGGAUGUACUUUAUCAUUGUUUUGGGUUUGGUCUUCUUUUUCACGGCUCUUGUUUCUCUGUUAUCUAGAACUACUUUGAUUUCACUUUAUUGCCCUUUCAACUGCUAUCGUCGCUCUAUCCGUAGUAUACCUGGAAUGUCGCUGCCUUGCUAGCAAGACACUGUCAAUUUGUCAUCGCCGUGUGCUGU